CUCAUGAACAUGUGAGCUAAAGUGUGUGUCAGCUCUCCCAGAGCAGCAAGUGUCCAAUGACCAAGCCAUGACAGACAGCCACACCGUCACGGAGCGGUUGUGCUUUCAUAAUUUAAAAUUUAAUCAGUCUCCUGUUGGAUCAGUACAAUCUCAGUUUGAAGUCCUGCUGGGAAAAGAGCAGACAGGAAGGAAAUUUCCCCGUAACAACUCCUUGUUCCGAAGAAUAAUCUAAAAUGUGAGACUGGCAGCUUCUUUUGGAACAUACCGGAGGCACCUUGCUGUUUUCCUCAGUCUCAUGUAACUUCUUCAACUUUAUGAAGUUAAGCAAAUAAACAGGCCUCUGUAGCUGCCCGUGAGAACGCCUGAAACAUGGCUGAGGUCCAGAGGAUGCAGAAGAAGACCAGCACCAUGUCUCUGACCAUCUCCUCAUCCUCUUCUGCAUCCUCCUCUUGGGAACGCUCUGUGUGCUCCUCCUCCUCCUCAUCAUCACUGACUCAGAAACACUCUAGCCUGGUGCAGCCGCUCUGCAUCAGCCCACAGAGGACUCAGAGUCCUCUCUACAAUCAGCAGUAUUUAGGAAACGGCGUGACCCCCACCUUUGUCAAGUGCCUCCAUGAUGUGUCAGCAGUGAAGGGUCAGCUGGUGGUCCUGGAGUGCAGACUGAGGGGGACUCCUCCGCUGCAGGUCAUGUGGUAUCGGGAGGAUGAACAAAUACUGGAUUCAGAUGAUUUCAGGAUACUGCGCAAGAAGGCCAGCUCUGCCUCGGUGCCUGAGGAGCUGUGUACGCUGGUGAUCACCGAGGCUUUCCCUGAGGAUUCAGGCCUGUUCAAAUGUGUCGUCAUCAACUCUUUCGGCACAGUCUCCUGCUCUGCCAUGCUGGAGGUUUACAACGACCUGGAGGAGCAGCUGAACGUCGAGGCCAUCCACCAGCAGGAAGCGGGUUGUCACAGACAAGAAGAGGCAAAACUCCAUGAAGGAACUUCUUCCCCCAGGAGUGAGGACAUUCCUCCUGUGCUGCCUGACUGUGUGAACCUUCCUCCUCCAGAGUGGCCUGAGAGCCCAUUAGAAGACAACAUCCCAGUAGCAGAACUUCCUGAGCCCCAGCCAGCCAACCACUCCUCUGUGGAGACUUUGGGUCGCAGUGAGGAGGAGAGCGCCCUGAGUUCAGAGGAUCAGGUAUCAGAGGUAACUGUCCGAGUCUGCACACCCAGCAACCCUCCUCCACCCUCUCCACCACCCACACAGGCCCAGGAGGAAGCCCCAGCUCCCAGGCUCUUCACUCCGAGCAAGCUGAGCUUCACAACCUCCCAGUCAGGAGGCAACAUGAACCUGCCGGACUUGCCUACCCUCACCCCCAGCACCUUCCCCCCCAGUGCCUUCAACUACGAGAGACCCAGGCAUUUCAUCCAGUCGCAGCCGGCUUUCCAGGCACCCAGCUAUGAGAGUGUUCUGAGGGAGGCCCAGGAGAACCAGAACCACCAACAGAGCCUGAACAGUCACAGUGUUGUAGAUGCUCAGAGUCAAGUCACAAACACACAAACUCAGUCUGUGUCCAGGUCUGUGUCACACACUCAGUCACAGUUUCAGUUACUGAACAUCAGUCAGAACCAGACCAAGUCAGUAACCAGCUCACAGAUCCAGAUCCAGAACCAGACCAACAAAACAGCCAAGUCCUCCCCAUCUUCAUCCAGCCUCAACUCUUCUUCCACCUCAGCAUUUUCUACUCCUUCUCUGUCUUCUGCUGCUCCACUGCUCUCUCCAUCUGCCCCUACUUCCUCCUCUUCCCUCCUGACUCCCACGACUUCAUUGCCCCGUACAACCAUGCGCUCCACCAUCACCCUCACCCCCAGAGUUCCCAGUGCUACGGGCCUUGGCAGCGCCACCCUGCCAGCCAACCAAGACACCCUGUCAGCCUCAGCUGCUUACCUCUGCUCCGUGCUCCCCUCCCAGUCCCUGUCCUCCAAAUUGUCACCAAACUCCAACGUCCCUCACACCUCCACCUCCCCCUCCUACUCCCCACUUGCACCCUCCAGCCCCCUUCUUCCAAUAAGAUCUUCCUCCCCUCCAUUCUCCCAGCCAGUCUCCCCCCCUCUCCCUCACUCCCCUCUGUCUCCUCCCUCCUCUAACCUCCAGCAACCAGCCCCCUCCAACAAUCAGAACAGGGUUCCUCCUGCUGUCGUCUCGCUGCCUGCCAACUACAAGGGGACGCCCAACACGCUUCCAAAACCUAUCCUGAAGAAGUCUGUUGCUCCUCGGCCCUCCUCCUCUCGCUCCACAGAGGAGGACAUCCAAGGCUCAAAGGACGCCCUGAUUCAGGACCUGGAGAAGAAACUCCGCUCCAAAGAAGCCAGGAGAAGACACGGUCAGAAACUCUCCUACGAGGAGCGAAUGGCUCGCAGGCUUUUGGGUCCAGACAAUGCCACUUACAUGUUUGACCAAGACAAUCUGUCAGACUCACAACUUGAUCAGCCAGACUCUCCAGAAGGAAGACACACAGGUGGAUUGUGGGGGAGGCACCACUCAGGGACAGACGGAAGGAGCAGCGAGGGAUCGGCUAUCCAGGAGAAAUGUUUCGCUCCUCGCUUCCUUCAGAUCCCCCCGGACCUCACAGUCGAGGAGGGACGAUUCUGCAGGAUUGACUUCAAGGUUAGCGGUCUCCCAGCUCCAGACAUCUCCUGGUUCCUGGAUGGGAAAGCCAUUCGUCCAGAUGACUACCACAAGAUGUUGGUGUGCGAGAAAGGAAUGCACUCCUUCAUCAUAGAGAUUGUCACGGUGCAUCAUGCUGGUGUGUACGAGUGUGUGGCCAGGAAUCGCGGUGGGGAGAGCAGGUUCACCAUGAGACUCGAAGUUUUAGCUCAGGAAGCUCUCCGUCCUCCCACCUUCAUCCAGAAGAUGUUGAACACCAGAGCUCUAGAGGGGGACACCGUGAGGUUGGAGUGCAAGGUGGAUGCAUCGCCUCCCCCUCAGCUCUUCUGGAAGAAAGAUAAAGACAUGCUGCGGAUCGACCCCAACAGGAUGAGCCUGUACCAGGACGGCUCAGGUCGACAGUGCCUUCUGAUUGAGAGGCUGAUGAAGUCCGAUGCUGGUUGGUACACGCUGUCCGCCAUCAACGAAGCCGGCAUGUCCACGUGCAACGCCAGGCUGGAUGUUGGCACUCCAGCUAUGAAGACGGCCCCACCCGCAUCCAAGACCUUGAAGCUGCUGUCGUCUCUGUCCCACGUCCCUGCCCUGACGGAGGAGAGCCCGGCCCAGCACACGGCCCCGCUGUACGAGAGUGAGGAGCUGUAAUGGAACCGUGGUACUGCGGGUCCAUGACAGACGAGGACUUCACUAAAGCUUCAAUCUCUGCACAAAACAGAGCAGCUCUGCCAAAGAUGACCUGUGAUAUUAGGAUGUAUCACUAACGGGAUGUGGAGACAUGUUGAUGCUGCGGUUCAUCUCCACUGUGUUCUGCUCUAUCUCUAGGUCUCUGCUGUGAGUGAUGUAGAGAUAGCUCCAGCUCUUCUCAAACAUAAACCUCCCCUGUAGACCACUGUUGCGUGUUUAAGUGAAAACUGAACCUAGAUUUGGUCCUUUCCUGCUCUUGAACCAGUCCUGCAUGCUCUGGAGUAGUCCUCCCAUGCCCCCCCCCCCCCC